UGACAUCAAGAUUGUAGGGAAAAAAAUGAAAGAAUUAAUUUAACACGCUUUAGAAUAUCACCAUACAAUUUUAUUUUUGCUAAUAUAUGGAAUGUUAUUUUAUUUGCAGGAAAUGCCAUUUCUUUUUGUUUAUUCAUGUCACCGGUGCCUACAUUUAUAAAAAUAUGCAAGGCAAAAUCAGUGCAAGAUUUCAAACCAGAUCCGUAUGUGGUAACUAUACUCAAUUGUGCAAUGUGGUCAUUCUAUGGAAUGCCCUUCAUUAGUAAAAGUAACACUCUUGUCCUCACAAUUAAUGGCUUUGGCUUCUUCAUUGAGAUUAUCUACACUUCCAUCUUCUUCGUAUACUCAAAUGGGAGUAAGCGUAAGAAGAUCUUGUUGGCCCUUCUAGCUGAAGUUGUAUUCCUUGUCUUAGUGGUAUUUAUUGUCAUGUAUUUUGUUACCAACCUUAAAGAGAGAAGGUUCAUUGUUGGAGUUAUAUGCAUAAUCUUUAACAUCCUUAUGUACUUUUCACCCUUGACUGUCAUGCGUCAAGUAAUUAGAUCGAAGAGUGUGAAGUACAUGCCAUUCUUACUCUCACUAGCCAACUUUGCCAAUGGGCUUAUUUGGACGACUUAUGCACUUCUUAGAUGGGAUCCAUUCGUAGUGAUUCCGAAUGGAUUGGGAGCACUUUCUGGAUUGGCUCAGCUCAUCCUUUAUGCCGUUUACUACCGAACAACAAAGUGGGACGAUGAUGCUCCACCUAGUAGUGUCAACAAUGUAUGACUACAGCUUGGAUUGACAGAAAGAAAGAACAAGUUCAAAGGAAAAAGUUGUUCUUUUAGUACAUACCAAGGUCUCUUGGAAUUUUUUCUUUUUCUCAUAUUUUUGAAAGGAAUAACUUGUUUUUAUAUUGUAAAGUCAUAGCACUGAUCUCUUGUAGAAUAGAAUAAGUUGAGAUCAUUACAGCGAUUGUUGUGGACCUAAACGAUGUACAUGUUUAUUUGAGUUGUUUGUUUGAGUUAGCCUAGAUUUAUUAGAAGAGUGUAUCAUAAUCAUCAGAUGACAAAAAUAAAUAUACAUUUCAUAAAUUAUUCACAGUUCAAUACUUCAUUGAAAAAACAGAAGGUUCAUAACUUUUUCUUUUAAAACUCAGUAUCCGGCCGAAGAAUCGACUAAUUUGAGGAUCAU